AUGCAGGCCGGUAAAACUGCGGAUUUUGUCCUUAUCCAGACUGAGGAAUACCACCGGGAGGUCAAAGAAAUCUUGGUGGACUCCACAAAAUUUCACAGAAUUACCAAGAACCCCGUUGAUGACAUCAAGCGAGAGGCUAACUGGAUUUUUGAGACGGUCAACGCUGCCUCGAACGCCCUACGUUUGCCACCCAUGAUGGGCGACCAUGACUUAGGUUACAUCUAUGGGAAUGUUAAAACCCAUAGGCAAGGAAACCCCCUUUGCCCCAUAAUCAGCCAGAUCCCUGCCCCAACGUACCUCUUGACCAAGAAACUCAACAUCAUCUUGACCCCUUACGUCCCAGAUAGUUACAGCUUGAAGUCGUCAGCCGAGUUCUCAGAAGCCCUAAGAGCAAUGCCCCCCAGAGGAUGCAUUGCUUUGAUGGAUGUAGAGUCCUUGCUUACCAAUGUCCCCAUUGACGAGGCCUUACAAAUGAUCUUGGGCAGAGUUUACAGGAACCCCAACACUCCAUCCUUGAACAUCCCAGAGCAUGCCCUUCGAGCCCUGCUGGAAAUCUGUACCAAGAAGGCCACCUUUGCUGAUCACUGCAACUACAUGUACACCCAAAUCGACGGCGUGGUAAUGGGAUCUUCCCUUGGAGUCCUUUUCGCCAAUUUCCAUAUGGGUACCGUCAAAGAGAGGGUCUUCCAGAAUUCCAGCAAACCGAGGAUGUACAUGAGCUAUAUUGAUGAUACCUUCGUCUGUGCCGACUCUGAGGAUGAGAUGGAGCAGCUUCGAUGUACAUUCCACGACCACAGUUGCCUCACGUUCACAUUGCCAAGACUGCUACCCCCCCCCCCCCUUCCUUGA